AUGAUUGGGCCACGUUCUACAAGUGCUGUCCGCCGUGAAAUGCGGUUUGACUGCAACCACACGAUGCCGCAAAAAGCCAGUGUCGCCGUGAAUGGUGCUGAUGGAACAGAGGGGCAGAUCCGCCGCUCGUUCCUGCAGCCGGAAGCGCUCCUGGAGCGCCCUGCCGAGGGUGUAAACACGAUGGUAGACCUACUCCACUAUGCUACGAAGAAGCAUGGCAACACGUGCAAGAUUGGUACGCGCGAAAUCGUGCGCGAGCACAAGGACCAAAAAGUUGUGCGCAAGAAGGUCGGCGACAAGGAGGUCGAGGAGACAAAGACGUGGACGUUUUACGAACUCACGCCGUUCCAUUACACCACGCUGAACCAGUUUGCGGAGAAUGUAAAAAAGUUUGCCAAGGGCUUGGGCGCGCUGGGCUUCGACAGCUCCAAGCGCUUCAACAUUUUUGCAUCCACCGCGGCCAACUGGCAGGUUGCUGCACACGCCUGUUUCCAACAGGGUGUCACGUUCUGCACCGCCUACGACACGCUCGGACCGACUGGCCUGCAAGUCUCGCUCGAGGAGCCCGAAGUGCGCGGUAUGUUUACGAAUGCUGCACACCUGUCCGUCGUCGAAAAGGUCCUGGACAACACGCCGCUCCUUGAAACUAUUAUUUACGACGGCGAGCCCGAGCCCGCGCUCUUGGAGACCAUUCGCACGAAGCUGUCCCACCGCCAAAACGGCCGCAUCGUGUCCAUCGACGAGUUGUCCAAGCUUGGCGACAACCAUCUCACUUCCGCUGCGUCUGUCCAGCCGUCGGAUAUUGCAUGCAUCAUGUACACUUCUGGCUCCACCGGGCCGCCCAAGGGUGUGAUUCUCACGCAUGCAAAUCUGGUCGCGACGAUCGCCGCAUGCGACCAGCUCUUGAUGAACUAUUUACACAACACUGAUACUGUGCUCUGCUACCUCCCCCUUGCGCAUAUUCUCGAGUUUGCUGUCGAAUGCUUCCUCAUCUUCCGCGGCUUCACGAUCGGCUACGGACGCGUCAAGACGCUUACUUCUACCAGUGUGCGCCACUCAAACAGCGACUUGAUCGAGUUCCGCCCGUCGCUUUUGGUCGGUGUGCCCGCUGUCUGGGAGCUUAUCCGCAAGGGCAUCCUUUCCAAGGUGCACCAGUCUGGCUUUAUCAAGCAGCGCAUGUUCCAAUUCGCUUUCUGGGCCAAGCGCAACAAUGUGGAGGGCUGCAAGCAGUUUGCCGACUCGGUUGUGUUCAAGGCCGUGCGCCAGCAAACGGGUGGCCGCCUGCGUCUUGCGCUUUCGGGCGGUGCGCCGAUUAGCAGGGAGACGCACGAGUUCCUCAACUUGGCGCUUUGUCAGAUUGUCCAAGGCUACGGCAUGACCGAGUCCUCGGCCAUGUGUGCCGUCCUGACACCGCAGUUUUUCAAGUUUGGCUGCGUCGGUGUGCCCAUGUCCUCGAUUGAGAUCAAGCUGGUCGAUGUGCCUGAGACGAACUAUCUCUCGUCGAACAAGAAACCGCAAGGUGAGGUUAUGAUCCGUGGUCCUUCUGUCACACAGGGCUACUUUAAGCGCCCCGAUAUCACCCGCGAGACCAUCACCCCCGACGGCUGGCUGCGCACGGGCGACAUCGGCCAGUGGGAGGACGACGGCACGCUCAGCUUGAUCGACCGCAAGAAGAACCUCGUAAAACUCUCGGGCGGCGAGUACAUUGCAUUGGAGCGCCUCGAGUCGGUGUACAAAGCGUGCAACAUGGUCAGCAACAUUUGCGUCUAUGCUUCCUCGGAGGCCAAGCAGCCCAUGGCCAUCGUCUUUCCCCGCGAGGAUUAUCUGCGCAUGGGGCUCGAAGAACGCGGCAAGAAGGACUUGGCCCAGCUGUCGUUGGAAGAGCAGUGCAAGAACAGCCAAGUGGCCGACGUGCUUCUCGAAGAGCUGCACAAGACUGCGAAGGCAAACCACUUUGCGCCUAUGGAAAUGCUGCAGGUGAUCUUGCCUAUUGCAGAGGAGCUGCCGCUGACUGCUGCGCAAAAGGUGCAGCGCAAAGAGGUGGAGUCCAUUUAUGGGGAUGCGAUCAAGAAGUUGUACCCUUAG